ACAUCCUUCACGUCGAUCAUUCAAGAUUUGCAAGUAUAAUUUACACGACGAAUCAGCGUCAGAGAACAGGAAGCAGGCUUUAAAUUUCCAGCCUAUUCAGGACAUCAAACGCGUCAGCGAGUCAGUUCAUUGUCCCUGAGUUCUGUGCUGGGACCUUGGGCCAAAAUAUAAGGUCGUUUCUGGGGGCGGGAUGUCGUGUUUUUGAGAUCUCGCAAGCACGUUUGCCAAGCUUACAGAUAUGAGAGCCCUGCUUCUAUUGAUACUUACGUUCGCCAUAUGUCGUGCGCAAGAACUCGGCGCUGUUCUUGUCCCUAUCUUAACCGCGGCGGCAGAGCCGAUGCUGGCGAAGAGGCUUGAUACUUCACCUCAAGCAACAGCAAGCAGCGUCGUUGAUCCAGUCACUCCUACUGCCUCGGCGCUUGAGACUUCAUCGCCAACUGCAGUGGUAGCGACCAUUAUCGCAACCGAGCCUUCCAUAUCGCUGCUUGGAACGUCCUGCGCCCUGCUGGACAUUGGCUGCGUAACAUCGGCUCUUAUAGGUGCUUCAACAAGGAUUCAGCAGACCUCUGUCCAAGAAACAAGCGCGCCGACAACGACCAGCAGCUCCAGUACUGGCGGUCAUCAGGCCGUACGAUGGACUGGUGGGCUCAUCACCGGCUGGCUGGUAGCCACAAUCUGGCUCCAAACAAUCCUUUGAUCAUCUGAUCCUGUACGUUAAGCUUGGAGGGGCUUCAGGUGAAAUUCAGAGAUUUCGAGAGAGUUAUGGCUCUUUGCGAAUUAAUGCUAGGGUUUCACAUGAAAUGUUUCGCUUCGCCAUUUUCAUCUUCUCAAGCGGUGUUCCGAAGGAGUGCGGUAGAGACGACCUGUGGCAGUACAAAUGUAUGGGGAGUGGGAGUUGCGUAGAUCUCAGCAUGCGCAGCGUAUCUCUCUGAAUCUGUCCCCAACCCUAGCCGAAGCGCUCGCAACGAAGACGUGACUUGAGGCUUCGCGACAAAAGCUUCCGUGGAAAGCAGGAGAAAUCUCUUACGCGACCGGAGUGCAUAUUGUUGUCCAUCCUCAUGGCUCGUCGUGCCUGCAAGACAUCAAAACGGCAUAUAGUCUUCGUGAGCUAUAUGUAUGAUUUGGUCCCAAGAACAGGUCACUGCCUUUGCUCAUGAAGGCGUAGGAGCAAAAACUGCGGAACUAGACAUUGCUUGGAGGAAAGAUAAAUUGUUGGCGAGUCU